UGUUUGGUUAAAAGGUCGAGGCUCACUUGUUGAACACGGCGUUGAGCCAGCCCCAGAAGUGUCUCGGGUUGGAGCCCCUCUGGCUGAGAGCGAGCUUCGCCGCUCUGCUGAACAGCUUCAUACCGCGCAGCUGAAACGAAUCACACAUAAAUAUAUGUGUAUCAAACACACAUGCACAGCCGCACGAGGCUGGGGAAGGAUUGGCAUGAAAAUCUACGGCUACGAGAGACUGUGAAAGCCGCUAAUCUGUCGGCUAUUAAGCGGUAAAACGGAAGCGCAUGACAGAGGUUGAAUAAGAAGAAUAAGCUUAGAAGCUUCAACCUGUCCUCUGACCGCUGUUUACAUUCGAGACACCUCCAUGGAUGGAGUCGCUCCGCACGUCACGUGACGGCGCUUCAAUGUAACCAUUGGUUCCCGGAGGUCUCGUCGGAAGUAUCGCGAUCGUUUGGUUGUAGUUGGUGUUCCGGUGCAGAGGGUCUGUGGGUUGGGCUGCUGCCGGCCCCGAAAGAAGGUGGAACCCCUGCACGCCUGGCCCAGGGACGUGUGUCCGCCAGUUGUAUGACCUCGCUUCCCUGAGGUUGGUUGUUCGAAGCUGCGAGCAUGAUUCGGAUUCUGGGUGCUGCUUCUCCCAAGGUGGCGCGCGCCGCGCAACGGAAGCUGCUGACGGACAUGUCAACACUGCGCCUGCACAGCACGUGUGACGUGGCUGUGGUCGGUGCAGGGAUUGUGGGCCUGGCUACAGCUCGCGAGCUCAUCCUGCGACACCCGGCGCUCAGCUUCGUCUUGGUGGAGAAAGAGAAGGAGCUCUCUCUCCACCAGAGUGGCCACAACAGUGGGGUCAUUCACAGCGGCAUCUACUACACACCCGGCUCCCUCAAGGCCCGCCUGUGUGUGCGAGGAGCCACUUUGGCGUACGACUACUGUGACAAGAAAGGACUCCCUUACAAGAGAUGUGGAAAGCUCAUCGUGGCUGUGGAGCAGGAGGAGAUCCCCAGGCUGAAGGCUCUGUACGAGCGAGGCCUGAAGAACAAUGUGCGAGACCUCAGCAUCGUCGAUGCCAAGGGAAUCCGAGAGCGGGAGCCCUACUGCAGGGGCAUCAUGGCCUUGGACUCGCCGUACACAGGCAUCGUGGACUGGAGAAUGGUGGCUCUUCAAUAUGGCAAAGACUUUGAAGAAGCUGGAGGCAAAGUGGUGACUGACUAUGAGGUGAACGAUAUCUCCAUGGUCAAGGAGAGUCCAGCAGGAGGCACUGAAGGAAUGAAAUAUCCUAUUGCCGUCAAAGACAAAAAGGGCAACGAGGUGCGAUGCCGCUACGUCCUCACCUGUGGAGGUCUGUACUCUGACCGCCUCUCGCAGAUCUCGGGGUGCAGUCGCGAGCCGCGGAUCGUGCCUUUCAGGGGAGACUAUUUGGUUCUGAAGCCAGAGAAGCACUACCUGGUCAGAGGGAACAUCUAUCCAGUCCCAGAUCCUCGUUUCCCUUUCCUCGGCGUGCACUUCACGCCCCGCAUGGACGGAAGUGUUUGGCUGGGGCCAAAUGCCGUGCUGGCAUUUAAAAGGGAGGGUUACAAAGUGUACGACUUCAACCUGAGAGACUUUGCCGAUGCAAUGUCGUACAGAGGCCUUCAGAAGCUGGUGCUGAGGAACGUCAUCUAUGGAGUUGGCGAGAUGUACAGGGGGAUUUUCAUUGGUGCGCAGGUCAAACUCCUGCAGAAGUACAUUCCUGAGAUCUCUCGCAGUGACGUGCUCAGGGGCCCAGCCGGGGUCCGAGCCCAGGCCCUGGACCGUGCUGGAAAUCUCGUGGACGACUUUGUGUUCGACGGCGGCGUCGGUGACGUCGGCAGCCGCGUGCUCCACGUGCGAAAUGCUCCUUCGCCGGCGGCCACCUCGUCCCUCGCCAUCGCUGAAAUGAUCGCAGACGAGGUGGAGAAGCGCUUCACCCUGUAGCGGCGCAGACGGACGGAGAAAGCAGCAAACCAAAGCGUCAUGCCACCGCCUGAAAUGAUCUCACCAUCGUGAAGCUGUUUCUGCCGCAGCCACACGGUCGCCAGUCAAGUCUUAAUCUACUGGACUCCACCAGGCUUUGAAUAGCUCGCACAUUUGGGAGAACCGGUCCUGAUGCUGAGGACUAGCACUUCUGGACCUGCAUCAUCGUCAUCAUCGUCAUCAUCGUCAUCAUCAUCAUCAACACUGACAUUUCUGAAUGUGAGCCUUUUAUUGAAGCGUUACACGUGUGUGUGUGUUUUAAAUGUGUUUUCAAGAACACAACGCUCUUAUUCAGGGGGAGAAGCACUCAAGUUUGACCACCACAGGCCUUUUCUUCAUGUCCAGGGGUCAAUCUCUCUCGUUCUAUGAACAUAAAAGAUGCUCCUAAGGUGAAUGUGAUGUCAUACAACCGUUUUAUUUUUUUAUAUUUACAGUAGAGUAGCAAGGUCACAUUUCUGUUAAAUGCCUUUGUUUUUUAUGUGAAUUAAUGCGAGUCUGCUAUUUCGAAUAUCAAAUUCUGGGACCAAUGAAAGUCUCAAAUUCAUUUUGUACUGAGCUACAAAAUCGUUGUCUGGAUCACGUUUUCCACUAGGAGGCAGACAAACACAAAACGAAACAAUACAGCGUUUGAAUGCUCGUGGCGUUUUUCUAUGCAGUCCAACUUGUACAAUGCAGUGAAAAAUAAAGCUCUUUUUCUCAUA